GCUGGGAGAAGUUCCUCUGGGGUCUGGGCAGGCCUACCCAGGGGCAGUGCCCAGUGAGAGCCAAGUCAUGGAGGAAGGAAGGGUCGGAUGCUCAUCAUGAGACAAGGCUGUCUUCCCGACCUCUCCAGAGCCGAUGCACCUGCAAGCUGGGCUUUGCUGGGGACGGCUACCAGUGCAGUCCCAUCGACCCCUGCCGGGCAGGCAAUGGUGGCUGCCACGGCCUGGCCACCUGCCAGGCAGUGGGGGGAGGUCAGCGGGUCUGCACAUGCCCCCCUGGCUUUGGGGGUGAUGGUCUCAGCUGUUACGGAGACAUCUUCCAGGAGCUGGAGGCAAAUGCCCACUUCUCCGUCUUCUACCAGUGGUUCAAGAGUGCCGGCAUCACGCUUCCUGCCGACCGCCAAGUCACAGCCCUGGUGCCCUCUGAGGCUGCCGUCCGUCGGCUGAGCCCCGAGGACCAAGCUUUCUGGCUGCAGCCACGGAUGCUGCCGAACCUGGUCAGGGCCCAUUUUCUCCAGGGUGCCUUCUUCGAGAAGGACCUAGCCCGGCUGCAUGGGCAGGAAGCGGCCACCCUGGACCCCAGCACACACUGGGAGAUUCGCAACAUUAGUGGGAGGGUCUGGGUGCAGAAUGCCAGCGUGGACGUGGCUGACCUCCUUGCCACCAACGGUGUCCUACACAUCAUCAGCCAGGUCUUGCUGCCCCCUCGAGCGGAUGUGCCUGGUGUGCAGGGGUUGCUGCAGCAGUUGGACUUGGUGCCUGCCUUCAGCCUCUUCCGGGACUUGCUGCAGCACCAUAGGUUGGUUCCUCAGAUUGAGGCUGCCACUGCCUACACCAUCUUCGUGCCCACCAACCACUCCCUGGAGGCCCAGGGCAACAGCAGCCGCCUGGACGCAGACACAGUGCGGCACCAUGUGAUCCUGGGGGAGGCCCUCUCCAUGGAAGCCCUGGGGAAGGGUGGACACCGCAACUCCCUCCUGGGCCCUGCCCAUUGGAUUGUCUUCUACAACCACAGCGGCCAGCCUGAGGUAAACCAUGUACCGCUGGAAGGCCCCAUGCUGGAGGCCCCCGGCCGCUCGCUGAUUGGCCUGUCGGGGGUCCUGACAGUGGGCUCAAGCCGCUGCCUGCAUAGUCACGCUGAGGCCCUGCGGGAGAAAUGCGUAAACUGCACCAGGAAAUUCCGCUGCACUCAGGGCUACCAGCUGCAGGACACGCCCAGGAAAAGCUGUGUCUACCGAUCUGGCUUCUCCUUUGCCCGGGGCUGCUCUUACACAUGUGCCAAGAAGAUCCAGGUGCCAGACUGCUGUCCUGGCUUCUUUGGCACGCUGUGUGAGCCAUGCCCAGGGGGCCUGGGGGGUGUGUGCUCAGGCCACGGGCAGUGCCAGGACAGGUUCCUGGGCAGCGGGGAGUGCCGCUGCCAUGAGGGCUUCCACGGAACAGCCUGUGAGAUGUGUGAGCUGGGCCGCUAUGGACCCAACUGCACCGGAGUGUGUGACUGUGCCCAUGGGCUGUGCCAGGAGGGGCUGCAAGGGGACGGAAGCUGUGUCUGUAACGUGGGCUGGCAGGGCCUCCGCUGUGACCAGAAAAUCGCCAGCCCUCAGUGCCCUAGGAAGUGUGACCCCAAUGCCAACUGCGUUCAGGACUCGGCCGGAGCCCCCACCUGUGUCUGCGCCGCAGGAUACUCUGGCAGUGGCACCUUCUGCUCAGAGGUGGACCCCUGUGCCCAUGGCCACGGGGGCUGCUCCCCCCAUGCCAACUGUACCAAGGUGGCACCUGGGCAGCGGACAUGCACCUGCCAGGAUGGCUACACGGGCGAUGGGGAGCUGUGCCAGGAAAUUAACAGCUGUCUCAUCCACCAUGGGGGCUGCCACAUUCACGCCGAGUGCAUCCCCACAGGCCCCCAGCAGGUCUCCUGCAGCUGCCUCGAGGGCUACAGUGGGGAUGGCAUCCGGACCUGUGACCUCCUGGACCCCUGCUCUAAGAACAAUGGAGGUUGCAGCCCUUAUGCCAUGUGCAAAAGCACAGGGGAUGGCCAGAGGACCUGUACCUGUGACACAGCUCACACCGUGGGGGACGGCCUCACCUGCCGCACCCGAGUCGGCCUGGAGCUCCAGAAGGAUAAGCAUGCCUCAUUCUUCAGCCUCCAUCUCCUGGAAUACAAGGAGCUCAAGGGCGAUGGGCCUUUCACCAUCUUCGUGCCGCACGCUUCUCUAAUGAGCAACCUGUCGCAGGAUGAGCUGGCCCGGAUUCGCGCGCAUCGCCAGCUGGUGUUUCGCUACCACGUGAUUGGCUGCCGGCGACUGCGGAGCGAGGAUCUGCUGGAGCAGGGGUACGCCACGGCGCUCUCGGGGCACACACUGCGCUUCAGCGAGAGGGAGGGCAGCAUAUACCUCAACGACUUCGCGCGUGUGGUGAGCAGCGACCAUGAGGCUGUGAACGGCAUCCUGCACUUCAUCGACCGUGUCCUGCUGCCCCCCGAGGCGCUGCACUGGGAGCCGGGUGAUGCCCCGGUCCUGAGGAGAAACGUCACCGCCGCUGCCCAGAGCUUUGGUUACAAGAUCGUCAGUAGCCUCCUGAAGAUGGCUGGUCUCCUGCCCCUGCUUCGAGACCCAUCCCAUAGGCCCUUCACAAUGCUGUGGCCCACAGACACCGCCUUGCAAGCCCUGCCUCUGGAACGCCAGGCCUGGCUGUACCAUGAGGACCACCGUGACAAGCUAGCAGCCAUUCUGCGGGGACACAUAAUCCGCAAUGUCGAGGCCUUGGCAUCUGACCUGCCCAAUCUGGGCCCACUUCGAACUAUGCAUGGGACCCCCAUCUCUUUCUCCUGCAGCCGAAUGCGGCCCGGUGAACUCAUGGUGGGUGAGGAUGAUGCCCACAUUGUACAGCGUCACUUGCCCUUUGAGGGUGGCCUGGCCUACGGCAUUGACCAGCUGCUGGAGCCACCUGGCCUUGGUGCUCGCUGUGACCGCUUUGAGACCCGGGCCCUGCGACUGAACAUUUGCAGCAUCUGCGGGCUGGAGCCACCCUGUCCUCAGGGGUCACAGGAGCAGGGCAGACCUGAGGCCUGCUGGCGCUUAUCCUCGAAGUUUUGGACAUACCCUUCGCUGCACUCUUUGGGACUACGCAACGUCUGGGUCCAGCCCAAUCUUUGGGGUCGGCCCCAAACCCUGGGCAGGGGCUGCCACCGCAAUUGUGUCACCACCACCUGGAAACCCAGCUGCUGCCCUGGUCACUAUGGCAGUGAGUGCCAAGCUUGCCCUGGCGGCCCCAACAGCCCUUGUAGUGACCAUGGCGUGUGCAUGGAUGGCAUGAGUGGCAGUGGCCAGUGUCUGUGCCGUUCAGGUUUCGUGGGGACAGCCUGUGAACUCUGUGCUCCCGGUGCCUUUGGGCCCCAUUGUCAAGCCUGCCUCUGCACUGUGCAUGGCCGCUGUGAUGAGGGCCUUGGGGGCUCUGGCUCCUGCUUCUGUGAUGAGGGCUGGACUGGGCCACGCUGUGAGGUGCAACUGGAGCUGCAGCCUGUGUGCACCCCACCCUGUGCACCUGAGGCCGUGUGCCGUGCAGGGAACAGCUGCGAGUGCAGCCUGGGCUACGAAGGGGACGGCCGCAUGUGUACAGUGGCAGACCUGUGCCAGGAUGGGCAUGGUGGUUGCAGUGAGCAUGCCAACUGCAGCCAGGUGGGAACAGUGGUCAUUUGUACCUGCCUGCCCAACUACGAGGGUGAUGGCUGGAGCUGCCGCGCCCGCAACCCCUGCACAGAUGGCCACCGUGGGGGCUGCAGCGAGCAUGCCGACUGCCUGAGCACCGGCCUGAACACACGGCGCUGUGAGUGCCAUGCAGGCUACGUGGGUGAUGGACUGCAGUGUCUAGAGGAGUCGGAACCACCUGUGGACCGCUGCCUGGGCCAGCCACCACCCUGCCACUCAGAUGCCGUGUGCACUGACCUGCACUUCCAGGAGAAACGGGCUGGCGUCUUCCACCUCCAGGCCACCAGUGGCCCUUAUGGUCUGAACUUUUCCGAGGCUGAGGCGGCAUGUGAAGCCCAGGGAGCUGUCCUUGCUUCAUUCCCUCAGCUCUCUGCUGCCCAGCAGCUGGGCUUCCACCUGUGCCUCAUGGGCUGGCUGGCCAAUGGCUCUGCUGCCCACCCUGUGGUUUUCCCUACGGCGGACUGUGGCAGUGGUCGGGUGGGCAUAGUCAGCCUGGGUGCUCGAAAGAACCUCUCGGAGCGCUGGGACGCCUACUGCUUCCGCGUGCAAGAUGUGGCCUGCCAAUGCCGAGACGGCUUCGUGGGGGAUGGGAUCAGCAUGUGCAACGGGAAGCUGCUGGAUGUGCUGGCUGCCACUGCCAACUUCUCCACUUUCUAUGGGAUGCUGCUGGGCUAUGCCAAUGCCACCCAGCGUGGUCUCGACUUCCUGGACUUCCUGCAGGACGAGCUCACCUAUAAGACGCUAUUCGUCCCUGUCAACGAAGGCUUUGUGGACAACAUGACGCUGAGUGGCCCAGACCUGGAGCUGCAUGCCUCCAACACCACCUUCCUAAGUGCCAACGCCAGCCAGGGGAAGUUGCUUCUGGCCCACUCAGGCCUCAGCCUCAUCAUCAGUGACGUGGGCCCUGACAACAGUUCCUGGGCCCCUGUGGUGAGUGUGGCCACUGUCCCACCCUGCUGGCACUGGCCCUCACUGUGGGGCCUGACGCUGGUCUCCCUGCAGGCCCCAGGGACAGUUGUGGUUAGCCAUGUCAUCAUGUGGGACAUCAUGGCCUUCAACGGCAUCAUCCAUGCUCUGGCCAGCCCUCUCCUGGCACCUCCACAGCCCUGGGCGGUGCUGGCACCUGAGGCCCCACCUGUGGCAGCAGGUGUGGGGGCUGUGCUUGCCGCUGGAGCCUUGCUCGGCCUGGUGGCCGGAGCCCUCUACCUCCGUACCCGAGGCAAGCCCACUGGCUUUGGCUUCUCUGCCUUCCAGGCGGAAGAUGAUGCUGAUGAUGACUUCUCACCAUGGCAAGAAGGGACCAACCCCACCCUGGUCUCUGUCCCCAACCCUAUCUUUGGCAGCCAUGACGCCUUUUGUGAACCCUUUGAUGACUCACUCUUAGAGGAAGAUUUCCCUGACACCCAGAGGAUCCUCACAGUCAAGUGACGAGGCUGGGGCCGAAAGCAGAGGCACAUGCAGGGAGGAAACCAUUUCUAUUGCUUGUCUGGGUGGAUGCCCUGGGUAGAUGGGGCAGGAAGGGUAGGGGGGAGCCUGUCCGGGACAAUAAAGGUGCCCUCAGCGGAUGUGAGCCAUGUCGCCGAGGAAGGGGGUCUUCAUGCA